UGGCAGUGUCAGAAGUCUGAGCCCGCCCGGCAUAGUGGUCAUUAGACAGGACGAAUCACACUGAAUGCAAAACCACAGGGUUUCACAGCGUGGUUCAAGAAAUUCUUGAAAUCCCCGCCUUCCGAAGAGGGUACAUUUGCUGAAGGAAGCGAUGGCUUCAGACAGCAUAUUUGAGUCAUUUCCUUCAUAUUCUCCAUGCUUCAUGAGAGAUGCCAGCACGAGCCGCCGCUUCACGCCGCCUUCCACCGCGCUGAGCCCGGGCAAGAUGAGCGAGCCGCUACCGCUGGGCGCCCCGGACGCCGGCGCCGCCCUGGCCGGCAAACUGAGGAGCGGCGACCGCACCAUGGUGGAGGUGCUGGCCGACCACCCCGGCGAGCUGGUGCGCACCGACAGCCCCAACUUCCUCUGCUCCGUGCUGCCCACGCACUGGCGCUGCAACAAGACCCUGCCCAUCGCCUUCAAGGUGGUGGCGCUGGGGGACGUUCCAGAUGGCACGCUGGUCACGGUGAUGGCAGGCAAUGAUGAAAACUACUCGGCCGAGCUGAGAAAUGCUACUGCGGCCAUGAAGAACCAAGUCGCAAGAUUCAAUGACCUCAGGUUUGUGGGUCGGAGCGGAAGAGGGAAGAGCUUCACUCUGACCAUCACCGUCUUCACAAACCCACCACAAGUCGCCACCUACCACAGAGCUAUCAAAAUCACCGUGGAUGGUCCCCGGGAACCCCGAAGACAUCGGCAGAAACUAGAUGAUCAGACCAAGCCCGGGAGCUUGUCCUUUUCUGAGCGGCUCAGUGAACUGGAGCAGCUGAGGCGCACGGCCAUGAGGGUCAGCCCGCACCACCCCGCCCCCACGCCCAACCCUCGCGCCUCCUUGAACCACACCACUGCCUUUAACCCCCAGCCUCAGAGUCAGCUACAGGACACCAGGCAGAUCCAGCCAUCCCCACCAUGGUCCUACGAUCAGUCCUACCAGUACCUGGGAUCCAUCGCCCCUCCUUCCGUGCACCCAGCAACGCCCAUUUCACCUGGACGUGCCAGCGGCAUGACGAGCCUCUCUGCAGAACUUUCCAGUCGACUCUCGUCCGCCGCGCCGGACCUGACGGCCUUCGGAGACCCGCGCCAGUUCCCCGCGCUGCCCUCCAUCUCGGACCCGCGCAUGCACUACCCGGGCGCCUUCACCUACUCGCCCACGCCGGUGACGUCGGGCAUCGGCAUCGGCAUGUCGGCCAUGAGCUCGGCCUCGCGCUACCACACGUACCUGCCGCCGCCCUACCCCGGCUCGUCGCAGGCGCAGGGCGGCCCGUUCCCCGCGGGCUCGCCGCCCUACCACCUCUACUACGGCGCCUCGGCCGGCUCCUACCAGUUCUCGGUGGUGGGCGGCGAGCGCUCGCCGCCGCGCAUCCUGCCGCCCUGCACCAACGCGUCCACCGGCGCGGCGCUGCUCAACCCCAGCCUCCCGAACCAGAGCGACGUGGUGGAAGCCGAGGGCAGCCACAGCAACUCGCCCACCAACAUGGCGCCCGCCGCGCGCCUGGAGGAGGCCGUGUGGCGCCCCUACUGAGUGAGGCCCGCGUCCUGGCCGCCCUGGCUGUCCUCCUCCUCCUCCUCCCCGGGGGCCGACCGCGCACCCGGGGGAGAGCCUGCCGUCCAGGCCCCCCUCGGCCUCCUGCACUUACCGAAGCCCGCGCAGUUCGCUCCCGCCACCGGCCCGCGGCCCUCGGCAGACCUGGACGCGCCGACCCCGCGUGCCGGCGUCCACCUGCGUCCGCUGGAGCCAGCGAGGCCUUGCCGAGGGAAACUGUGAAUGCUUCCGUAUUAGCAAUGCUGUGAAUAAAAGAAAGGUUUUGUACCCUUGACUUCACUUUUUAACCAAGUUGUUUAUUCCAGAGAGUGGAAUUUUGAUGAUGGGGGGAGGGGGACACCGCACGUCCUGUUUGGCGUUUAUUUCUCCCCCUGAUUUUCUUUACUUCCCCCCCACACACACCCCGCACCUUAUAAAUGG